AAUCAAUCUUCUGAAACACCUCUAAUCAUAUACUGAAGCAGUCAUGAAUCCUGUUAAAUGGCUUCUCAGAAUACUUCUUGUUUUCCUUCUUUCUCGCUUCUCCUUUUCAGCUGACACAAUAACGCAGCAUCAAUUCAUCAAAGAUAACAACGAUGAAGUCAUAGUGUCUGGUGGCAAGAUUUUUGCACUCGGAUUUUUCAGCCCUGGCAAUUCCAGUAAUCGAUAUGUUGGCAUCUGGUAUUACCUGAUUCCGGGCAAGACUGUUGUCUGGGUGGCUAAUAGAGACAAUUCCAUUAAUGAUACCUCGGGGAUUCUCAGAAUCGAUGGUCGAGGAAACCUUGUCUUGUUCCAGGGAAACCAGACAGUUCCUGUUUGGUCUACAAACAUCUCCAUCGCAGGCACUAGGAACACCUUUGCUCAAAUUUCGGAUUCGGGAAAUCUUGUUUUGAUUCAGAAUGAUUCCAGAAAGACCGUACUGUGGCAGAGUUUUGGAUAUCCAACAGAUACUUGGAUUUCGUUUAUGAAAAUUGGGUUCAAUUUGAGAACCGGUCUGAACCAAUCAUACACGUCUUGGAAGUCUCCGGAUGAUCCAGGGGUUGGAAACUAUUCCUUCAGGAUGAACCCGGGCGUGUCUCCUCAAAUGGUGUUCUACAAGGGUUCGGUUCCUUUGUGGCGAAGUGGCACAUGGACGGGGCAAAGAUGGAGUGGCAUACCUCAAAUGACAAAUAACUUCAUAUUUAAUGAUUCCUUUGUCAACACUGAUGAUGAAGUAUCGUUCUCCUCCGAUGCAAAGAAUGCCUCCAUCAUAACAAGAUGGGUAGCGAAUGAAACCGGAGUUACACAAAGAGUAAUCUGGAACAAUAACGCUCAAGAUUGGAAUUAUUUAACUAUUCCAAAGGAACAGUGCGAUUUUUACGGGCAUUGUGGGCCAAAUGGUUACUGUAAUCCUUAUGUAGGUGAUUUCGAGUGCACAUGUUUCCCGGGAUUCGAACCCAAGUCAGGUGAAGGAUGGAUUGUAAGAGAUAGGACAGGAGGGUGCGUUAGGAAGCGUGGUGUCUCCAUGUGUGGAAAUGGAGAAGGGUUCGUCAAGUUUCCACAUGCGAAGGUGCCAGAUACUGCGGCAGAUGCACUUGUAGACAUGAGUAUAGGGUUGAAGCAAUGCGAGGAAGAGUGUUUGAGAAAUUGUUCAUGCAUAGCUUAUGCUAGUGCAAACUCUGAGACCAACGGAGGGGUUGGCUGCUUAACAUGGCACGGUGAUUUGAUGGAUGCCAGGGCAUACACCGAGACGGGACAAGAUCUAUACAUACGAGUCGAUAAAAACGAUUUAGCUGGCUUUACAAAGAAAGGUCUAAUUCAAAAGAAGGGAGUACUUGCGGCUAUCAUAGUUUCUUCUGCUAUAGUGUUUCUCAUUCUUGUUGCCUUCAUGUGUUGCUUGAUACUAAGGCAAAGAAGAGAAGCAAGAACAAGGACAAACAAAAAUAUUUUUAGCUUUAUCACAAAGUCAUCCUUGUAUUUCGAGGAUUCUUUAGAAGAAAAGGAGACUGAUGAUACCAGAAGAAAUGGAGAUUUAGCAUUCUUUGAUUUGAGCACCAUAGUCGCUGCUACCGAUAAUUUCUCUACAGAUAACAAACUUGGACAAGGUGGCUUUGGCCCUGUUUACAAGGGUGUGCUCUUCAAUGGAAGAGAUAUAGCAGUGAAAAGACUAUCAAAGCACUCAGGGCAGGGAGUACAAGAGUUUAAGAAUGAAAUUGUGCUAAUUGCAAAACUUCAGCACAGGAAUCUCGUAAGGAUGCUGGGAUGCUGCAUUGAGGGUGAAGAGAGGAUGUUAAUCUAUGAGUUCUUACCUAAUAAAAGCUUAGACUCUAUCAUUUUCGAUGAAUCAAAAAGAUCGUUGUUGGAUUGGAAAAAGCGUUUCGAAAUCAUAUGCGGUAUUGCUCGAGGAAUGUUGUAUCUUCACCAAGAUGCCAGGUUAAGAAUCAUUCAUAGAGAUCUGAAAGCGAGCAAUGUCUUAUUGGAUGCAACAAUGGAUCCCAAAAUAUCAGAUUUCGGCAUGGCCAGAAUAUUUGGAGAAGAUCAAACAGAAGGCGAUACUAAACGUGUAGUUGGAACAUACGGUUACAUGUCGCCGGAAUAUGCAAUGCAGGGACACUUCUCGAUGAAAUCCGAUGUAUAUAGCUUUGGCAUCCUGCUGUUAGAGAUUAUCACUGGGAAAAAGAUUAGCAGUCCUUUUCCCGACAGUCCGUCUUCUAGUCUGGUCGGACAUGUUUGGGAGCUGUGGAAAGAAGACAAAGCCAUGGAAGUUGUCGACUCGACAUUAAAUGAUUCAUAUUCUGCGGAUGAAAUCUUGAAUUGCAUACAUAUCGGGCUGUUGUGCAUCCAAGAACAUGCAGCACAUAGACCAACGAUGUCUACAGUGGUUUCUAUGUUGAGAAACGAAGCAACUCUCCCGUCACCGGAACAACCUGCAUUUAUACAGAAGAAAGGUCAGGAAGAAGCUAACUCUGUAAAUGUUGUCGAUCUAGAUAGGAUAGAUCCAGAGGAAGUCAUGAAUUCUGUUAAACGGCUUAUCAGGAUACUGCUCAUUUUCUUUCUUUCUCAAUUCUCCUCCUCAGCUGACACAAUAACGCAACAUCAAUUCAUCAAAGAUAGCAAGGAUGAAGUCAUAGUGUCUGGUGGCAAGAUUUUUGCACUUGGUUUUUUCAGCCCCGGAAGUUCCAGGAAUCGAUAUGUUGGCAUCUGGUAUCAUCAGAUUCCUGGGAAGACAGUUGUUUGGGUGGCCAACAGAGACAAUCCCAUUAAAGAUACCUCAGGGAUCCUCAGAAUCGAUGGUCGAGGAAAUCUUGUCUUGUUCCAGGGAAACCGAACACUCCCUGUUUGGUCUACUAACAUCUCCAUCGCAAGCACUAUGAACACCAUUGCUCAAAUUUUGGAUUCGGGAAAUCUUGUUUUGCUUCAGAGUGAUACAACAAGAAAGGAGGUGCUGUGGCAGAGUUUUGGUCAUCCUACAAACACUUGGCUUUCAUUUAUGAAACUUGGGUUCAGCUUAAGAACCGGUGUGAACCAAGCAUACACGUCUUGGAGGUCUCCGGAUGAUCCAGGGAUUGGAAACUAUUCCUUCAAGAUGAGCGAGGGCGUGUCUCCACAAAUGGUUUUGUACAAGGGCUCGGUUCCUUUGUGGCGAAGCGGCACAUGGACCGGGAAAAGAUGGAGUGGUAUACCUGAAAUGACACAGAGCUUCAUAUUUCGUGAUUCUUUUGUCAACACUGAUGAUGAAUUAUCGUUCUCCUCCGACACGAAAAAUGCCUCCAUCCUAACAAGAUGGGUAAUGAAUGAAACUGGAGUCGUACAUAGAAUAACAUGGAACAAUGAAGCGCAACGUUGGAUUACUUUCUAUUCGACUCCAAAGGAACAAUGUGAUUUUUACGGACAUUGUGGGCCAAAUGGUUAUUGUAACCCUUAUCUAGGUGAUUUCGAGUGCACAUGUUUCCCUGGAUUCGAACCGAAAUCACCCGAAGAAUGGUUUAUAAGAGAUGGGGCAGGAGGAUGCGUGAGGAAGCUCGGUAUCUCCAUGUGUAGAAAUGGAGAAGGGUUCGUCAAGUUUCCACAUGUGAAGGUGCCAGACACUUGGGCGGCACAGGCACUUGUAGACAUGAGUAUAGGAUUGAAGCAAUGCAAGGAAAAGUGCUUGAGAAAUUGCUCCUGCAUGGCCUAUGCUAGUGCAAACUCAGAGACCAACGGAGGUACCGGCUGCCUGACAUGGCAUGGAGAUUUGGUCGAUGCGAGGGCAUAUAUGGAGACGGGACAAGAUCUAUACAUACGAGUGGAUAAAACCGAGUUAGUACGGUUUACAAAGAAAGGUCUACUUCAAAAGAAGGGAGUGCUUGCAGUUGCCAUAGUUUCCUCUGCUUUAGUGUUUCUCAUUCUUUUCGCCUUCUUGCGUUGCUUGGUACAACGGAAAAGAAAAGGAGUACUGACAGCAGAAAGAACGAGAAAAGGCAAAAACAUCUUUAGCUUUACCAGAUUCGAAGACCCUUUAGGUGAAAAGGAGAUUGAUGAGAGCACAAGAAAUGGAGAAUUAUCAUACUUUGAUUUGAGCACCAUAGCUGCUGCCACUAAUAAUUUCUCUUCAGAUAACAAAAUUGGACAAGGUGGCUUUGGCCCUGUUUACAAGGGUGUGCUCUUCAAUGGAAAAGAAAUAGCAGUGAAAAGACUAUUAAACUCCUCAGGUCAGGGAUUGCAAGAGUUUAAGAAUGAAAUACUGCUAAUUGCAGAACUUCAGCACAGGAAUCUUGUAAGGAUGCUUGGAUGUUGCAUUGAAGAUGAAGAGAAGAUAUUAAUCUAUGAGUUCUUGCCAAAUAAAAGCCUAGACUCUAUCAUUUUCGAUGAAUCAAAAAGUUCUCUCUUGGAUUGGAAAAUGCGUUUCGAAAUCAUAUGUGGAAUUGCUCGAGGAAUGUUGUAUCUUCACCAGGAUUCCAGAUUAAGAAUCAUCCAUAGAGAUCUGAAAGCGAGCAAUGUCUUAUUGGAUGCAGCCAUGAAUCCGAAAAUUUCAGAUUUCGGCAUGGCCAGAAUAUUUGGAGAAGAUCAAACAGAAGGAGAUACUAAACGUGUAGUUGGAACAUACGGUUACAUGUCGCCAGAGUACGCAAUGGAAGGACACUUCUCGAUUAAAUCCGAUGUUUACAGCUUCGGCGUCCUGCUGUUGGAGAUCAUCACCGGAAAAAAGAUUAGCAGUCCUUUUCCUGAUAGUCCGUCUUUGAGUCUUGUAGGACAUGUAAGUAAACCACGUUUGCAGAACAAUUUAAUCAAUAUCUUCCAUUCUAACAACAAUGUUUCAGGUUUGGGAGGUGUGGAAAGAAGACAGAGCCAUGGAAGUUGUGGACUCGGCAUUAGGCGAUUCGUAUUCUGCAGAUGA